AUGGCUGUCCAGCUUCAGCCAUGGUUCAUCUCUGUCCUACUCCUUGUUUGCUGCUUCUUCUUCUUCAUUCCUUUCUCUUUUUGCCAACUUAAUUCUCCUGUUAACAUUGAAACCUUCUACCCAUUUCCGAUCCCAUCUCCAGCACCACCAUCAAUUACUCCAAGCAACACUCAGAUAUUUCCUCCUCCACCGCCGCUGGCGCCACUCCCUGUUGCCAAGCAAGAUUCAACAUCGAACAGAGCCAUUGCAAAGGCAGUAGCUGCAACUGCUGCUAGUACUUUUGUUGUUUCUGCUGUGCUCUUUUUUGUAAUUCGUGCCGUUACACGUCGUGGAGAGACUGGUUCCAGCAGAACUCAGGCUGUAAUUGUUGGUGGUGGUGAUGAGUUUAGACGAUUUGAUGCGAAUGUGAAGGGGUUGAUUGUUGAUGAGAAUGGAUUGGAUGUGCUUUACUGGAAAAAGCUUGAAUUGGAUAAUCAUAGGAACUCCAGUUUCCAAAAAUCAGUAUUUCAUAGUCCAAAACACAGCGGCGAAAAAGAAGAAGAAGGAGAAGAAGAAGUCAUUCAUGGAGGAAACCAACGAAUACAAGAAAUUCCUUUAAUUCACGGAAGAUCAUCUACUUCUUACAAUAAGAUUGCACCAGAGGUUGAUGAUCGGUCCCGAAUUACAGCUCCUUCAGCAGAGAUUUUUGUCCAGGCCAUCCAGAAACCUCCUUCACCUCAUCCUCCGAGGCCAGUUCCAUCCAAAUCAAUGCCACCUCCUCUGCCACCAGUUGCAUCCAAAUCAAUGAUGUCAGUUCCAAAGAAUCAAAGUCCUGCGCCGCCACCUCCUCCACCACCAGUCCCUGCAAAGAAAAAUCCAGCACUGCCCCCACCUCCACCUAGAGCUAUUACCUCGAAACCACCUCUGGUGCGUAAAUCAUUGCAAAGUGCGAUUAAAGUACGAAAUUCUUCAAUCAGAGAAGGCAUGGCAGGAAGUGGCACUGACCAAGUGCAAUUGAAGCCCUUACAUUGAUCUGAAUUGAAUCCUAACGGUGAUCAUUCGAUGGUGUGGGACAAAAUUGAUAAUGGUUCUUUUAGGUUUGAUGGAGACCUUAUGGAAGCACUAUUUGGAUAUGUUGCUACCAAUAAAAAAUCUCUCCGAGGAGACAACAGUUCAGCAAAACCAACUUGUCCAUCACAGGUUGUUAUACUUGAUCCUCGGAAAUCGCAGAACACUGCGAUUAUAAUCAAAUCUCUGUCCAUCUCUCGCAGAGAAAUACUCGAUGCACUCGAUGAGGGUCAUGGUUUAGAGUUGGAAACUCGAAAGCUCACAAGAAUUGCUCCCACGGAUGAAGAACAAUCCCAGAUUCUUGACUUCAAUGGAGACAUUACAAGACUUGCUGUUGCUGAAUCCUACCUCAACCAUCUCCUCAAAGCUGUUUCAUCGGCUUUUACUCGAUUCAAUGCCAUGAUUUUCAGAUCAAAUUACGGCUCUGAAAUUUCACAACUUAAGGAAUCUCUGCAAACAUUUGAAGCAGCCUGCAACGAGCUUCGAAGUCGCAGACUCUUUGUGAAAUUACUCGAAGCAAUUCUCAAAGCCGGAAAUCGAAUGAAUGCAGGAACCACCAAAGGGAAUGCUCAAGCUUUCAAACUCACUUCUCUUCAGAAGCUAUCUGAUGUCAAAAGUCACCUCCUCCAAGAACACCAACAAGGUUCCCCAACUUGCCAGCACAUUUCAUGAAAUCUAGAAGCAGUUCUAGUGAUUCAGAUUCUGAUAUGUAAAACAUGUAUGCUCGAUUCAUGCACAUAAAAGUGACAUUUAAGAUAAGGAUUUUUAACAUUUAGAUUG